AUGUCGUCCUGCCUGUCCCUGUCGGGGUCGACAACCUGUUCAGCAUGGAGUGGCUCCAAGAUCUCGUACAAUUCCAGCCAAUAUUCGAGCUUUCCGUGGCUCGAUGGUGUUUCUAAUCUCACCUCAUUCGAUAAAGCUCUGAGCAACUACGUCGCAGACACAUAUGUCACUUCCAAAUAUGCCGAGCUGUUGGGCUGUGAGGGCCUGAAUACAAGCGCUUUGAAUGAUUAUUAUGCCCAGUAUACUACCAGUGUCAUCUGCAGCGGUCUCAUCCAGAGCUCCAAGGACGAUUGCAGCCUGUCUACCGCCCAAUCAGAACCACUCUGUGCCGAGACGUGUGCGCUCAUGGCCACGAGCGAGCAAGAGAUUAUGGUUAACAAGCAACUCUGCCCGAAGACCACCAAGGAUUACAUGAAACAAAUUCGUUCCGAUUUCACCAUCUGUGCCAACCCAGCCGACUCGCUAACCGGCAGCUGUGUGACUGGAUCCGACAACGAACCUGACAACUGUGGUUUCUCGUCCAACACAAUCGGCCUCUGCACCUACUGUGCCUCCAGCUCGCCCAACUCGACUGAUACGUGCUGUUCCGGUUCCAAUGCCACGAACCGCUGUAAUGGUGUUGUUAUUCCAAGCUCCACCGCGACUCUACAACCCAUCGUCACGACUACCGCCGCUGCUGGUACGGGUGCCGCCCACCGCGGUCUCUCAGGGGGUCAGAUUGCCGGCAUAGUGGUCGGAUCGGUUGCAGCAGCAGCCAUUAUUGGUGCACUUCUGGCUUUCCUCUUCAUCUGCACUCGACGUCGCCGCAAGUCGCAAACGGAUGCUGCACUUAAUCAACCCAACCCACAGCGCAAGGGUGCCUCCCCACCUAUGCAGCAGCCGGAAAGCCCAACAGGAUAUAAUAUGAUCCCCGGUGGCCGCGUUGCACGCAUGUCCGCCUUGCGUGAGGUUCCCACCUCCUCGCCAGCUUACUCUCGAACGUCUGCUGCGAUGUUCGGCGGUACCAAGUAUAGCGACUCGUCUGAUUCAGAAGUCAUGGGUGCCAGCCCCGGGGCCAUGUCUCGACGGAUUCCCCCAGUCACCGGGAAGAGACAUGGCUCGCUUUCGAGCAGCUCUGCCCUGGCUGGACUGGAUAGUGACAGCUCACCUCUGUCCGGCACUGCAAACCAAUACUCAUCUCCCGAGGGGGUGACCAGCGGCCAGUCCGAGCAGCUGUCAUACUUCCGGGACUACUACUCGCAAGACGACAUUCAACCCGGCGACAAGGUAGCUGCCCUGUGGGCUUACUCUCCCCGGGCAGGUGAUGAGUUCGAGCUGGAUCGCGGUGAGAUGUUGAAAGUGAUUGGUAUUUGGGACGAUGGCUGGGCCACGGGUGUGCGUCUCCCCGAGCGAGCUGAGGAUUAUGACAUCCGUCAUCGCGAGCAGCGUGAUAGUGGAGUCUCUAAUGGCUCGCAGCGGCCGGGUCCGUCACCGGCACCCUCCGGCGAGAUCAAGGCCUUCCCCUUGGUGUGCGUCUGCUUGCCACAGCACUGGCGGAAGAUCAUCGACGGUGGCGUCCAAGAGGACGAUGAUGAAGUCUAA